AUGUCGUUAUGCGGCGGCUCCGGCCCGGCGGCUGCCCCUCGGCUGCGGCCUCGCGCCGCCCAGAUGGCGCGGCGGCCCGAGCUGCUGUGCGGCGCUGCCAUCGUGCUGGGCUGCGCCUUCCUCGUCGCCCUCAAAGUCACCUGCAGCCGAGCAAAAGAUGUAACAAUGCCAGCGAAGCUUCCAGUGAAUUUUUUUUCCACAAGAUCUCCAGUCAUUGAUCUUUUUCGGGGACAGUUAGACUAUGCAGAUCACCUUCGUCAGGAUUCAGAAAUUGUGCUGUAUUUCUUCUAUGCGCCAUGGUGUGGCCAGUCCAUUGCAGCAAGAGAAGAAAUAGAACAUGUGGCCAGCAGAUUGUCAGACCAGGUGCUGUUUGUGGCUGUAAAUUGCUGGUGGAACCAGGGGAAAUGCAGGAAGCAGAAGCAUUUCUUUUAUUUUCCUGUGAUACACUUAUACCAUCGGAGUUUUGGACCAAUUGAAUACAAAGGCCCUAUGAGUGCUGUUUAUAUUGAAAAGUUUGUUCGCCGGGUGAUGACACCACUACUCUACAUCUCGUCUCGAUCAAAAUUACUAGAUUUCCUCUCAAAUUAUGAGCCUGGAGUUCUAGGAUAUUUUGAGUUCAAUGCUUCGCCUCAACCGCCUGGUUAUUUAACAUUCUUCACGUCAGCAUUACAUUCAUUAAAGAAAGAUUACCUUGGAACAAUACGCUUUGGAGUGAUCACGGAUAAACAUGUUGCAGAGGAGAUCUCAUUGGUGCAUUCAGGCAGCGUGUAUUUGCACAGACAUGUCAACACAUCUCUUAUCUAUCCAAAUGACAUCAUGAACUAUACUGCUGAGAACAUUUGCAAGUGGGCUUUAGAAAAUCGAGAGAUGCUCAUACGCUGGCUGAGACCACAUGGUGGAAAAAGCCUUCUUCUAAACAAUGAGCUGAAGAAAGGACCAGCACUUCUCAUAUUUAUACCUUACAACCCCUUAGCAGAAAUUCAUCCUCUUUUAGAUGAAAUUACCAAAGUGGCCUUGGAAUACCACAACUGUAAUAAAAGCCAGGCAGCUGAGCCAGAUCUUCAACACUUAGGAGGCACUGAUUCACCAGCUUUUGAUUCCUCUGUACCAGAUGCACAUAUGAAAUUAUCAGAAACAUUUUCAAUAACCAAGUACCCAUGCUGUAACACAGUGGUGCUUCCACAGUGGCAUUCAAUAUCUAGAACUCACAAUGUCUGUGAGCUUUGCGUUAACCAGACACUUGGUGUCAAACCAAAUAAAGUCCAUGUGCCACACUGUAACUUUUUAGAGAUAGAAGCAGCUUUGGACUCUUUCUACCUCCAGGAACAUACCUUUUUUCAAGUUAUAUCAAAUACCAUAGAAUGCAGCAAUUUCUUAAGUUUCUAUAGUCCCUUUAGCUAUUACACUGCAUGUUGCAGGACGGUAAACAGGCAUUUUUUAAGUUUCAUUGGUUCUGAGAAGACCAUCUUUCAGACCCCCAAAGUAGCAUUUUCUUCCCAUGGGAAGAAAGAUAACACCCAACAUUCUAUUCCUCACAUUGAGGAUAGGAAUUGUUUUAUUCCUGACCUUCGUAUUAGUGGCAACAACAUUACUGGUCUGAGCUGCAGGACCAACAAAACCUUGAAUCUCUAUCUACUGGAUUCAAAUCUUUUUUGGAUAUACGCAGAGAGACUAGGAGCAUCAAGAUCUACUCAUCUGAAGGAAUUUGCCGCCAUUGUUGACCUGAAGGAAGAAGUGCAUUAUGUCUUGGAUCAAAAUCAGUCACUUGUCAGAUCUACCCUGGAGAACUUCAUAAAAAAUUUCAGUAUUCUCUACAGUCCCUUGAAAAGGCAUCUUGUUGAUGACCCUUCAGUCCAUUUUCAUGAACAGCGUGUAAUCACUGAAGUGACUACUAAUACCUUUCAUGAUACUGUGUUUUUGAGUGAAAAGAAUGUCUUGCUGCUCUAUUAUGCACAGUGGUGUGGAUUCUGUGCUUCUCUUAAUCACAUCUUUAUUCAACUUGCUCGACUUCUGCCUCCAGAUAAUUUCACUGUGGCAAGAAUUGAUAUCACUCGAAAUGACCUUCCAUGGGAGUUUAUGACAGACCGUCUCCCAACCAUUUUAUUUUUUCCACAGCAGAGGAAGGAACAAAGUGUGAAGUUCCCUGAAGACUUUUCAGUUAACCUUCCUAAUCUCCUUAAAUUUAUUUUACGUCACUCAAGUCUCUCUUCAUCAGAGCCCUGUACCAAAGAAUGCCUACAUAAAGAGACAGUGCUACAGCAAGGACACAUCUCCCACUUAGAGAGAGAAAUUCAGAAGUUAAGGUCUGAAAUCAGUGCCCUUCAUCAGGCCCACGACCAGCUUGAAGCACAGCUUUCUGAAGCUAGGAGAGAGGAACACAGACUACAGCAGCAAAAACACACACUGGAAAAGCAGCACAAGACUCUGCAGCUCCACAGCAAGCAGUUACAGGCCACAUAUGACCAGAAGAAUCAAGAAUUAUUAGAAAUGGCUGAAAAGCUUCAGGAAUUAGCUGAUGCAUCCGAAAACCUCCUUAAAGAGAAUACUUUACUGAGAAUCCUGGUGGCAUCAAGGGAAGGAAAGCUACAGAACAAAGAUGAAAUUAAAGAAGCCCUUCAAUCAGGGCAAACACUUGCUGAAGAUAAUGAUGUAGCAGUUUCAACAUUAGAGGAAAAAAAGAUUGAUAAUAUUGAUACCACAGAGACAGAGCACAGUAGUGGAAACAGGACAGAAUAAUAGCUUACACAAAAUCAA